UCUUCCUCCUCACGUCCGUCCGACCGUCUCCUACCUCAUCCCACCUCUCUUAACGCUUUCUCGGACAUUUUUCUUUAAAUCAUCUCUAUAAACCACCAUGGCUGAUACCGCUGUUGAUACAACCACCACCCCCGAGAUCACCGCAAAGGACCUGAAAGAAAAGAAAGAGGUGGUUGAAGAGGCAGCGGAGGCUGCGAAGGAAAACGGCAGCGAAGACGCACCUGCCAAUGGAAAUGGAACAACUAACGGUGCUUCACAUGAAGAAGAGGAAGCUCAUGAGGAUGAAGAAGGUGGGGAGGACGAGGAGGCAGGAGAGGCCGAGGAGGAGGAAAACGGUGCUGAGGAAGAGGCAGCGGCAGAGGAACACCCUGUGAAACGUCCUGCAGAAGAGGAGGAGGCAGUGGAGACAAAGAAACAGAAGACAGAGGAGAACGGCGACUCCACAGAGGCUGCCGAAGUCAAAGCUUAAAGUUCACGCUGCCAUUCAGUAGCUCUGUCUGUAUGGUCAGUCUGACCUAGUAGAGUUUGUGCUUUCUGUAUAUUUCACAGACAUUCCUUCGCCGCUACAACAUCUUCUUUUAUUGCACUGAGGCCCAUAACAUCAUGACCCUGUCCCCCCUUUUGUAAGACCUUAUUUAUUGGUGUAGGACCAACAUUGGACCAUGGAUAUAAAACAAAAAAAAGAAACGUUUUAGCACACGUUCGUUUAACAAGCACACAUUCUACUCUGUUAUACGACCAACGGAUGUACACGCAAGCAACUGAAAGCCUAAGGUUCUGUCAUUUUUUCAUGGGUGACAUUUUCUGAUCCACUAAAGACCAAAGAUGAGUUUUAAGCAGGGGCUAAUAGACGAUGUUUAACCUGGUUGUGCUGCUAGAAGUUAAUCCCUCGCUUUGGCAGAUCGGUUAACAUAACAGAUGGCUCAUAUAAACGAGGGGCUUUCUUUGGUCAACACUGCCCCCCCCCCAUCCCCCUUAUAACAUGUUAAUUAACCCCUUUUUAAAUCUUGAAGGUCUUUUGUUCCAUAUGCAUUUAAAAAGGAUUGUAUCUUUCUAUCCUUAUGUACAGUUUUGGGGUUUUUUGUUUUAUCAUUGUGUUUUAUAUGGGAAGUGCAGAAUGAAAACAAUCUAUAACAGAACUGUAUGCUGGUACUGGUGUUCUCUCAGUCCUUCAAGCAAAACCUGUUUUUUUUUAUUAUUAAUGUGUUUUGGUUGCUUUUUGACCACUGCUUUGUAUAGUUUGGUUCAGGAUUAUAAAUAAAAAAACAGUCUUGUCUUUUUAAAA